AUGGUGUCUGAAAAUCUUACCGACAAAAUUGUCGAAAAAGUCGAAUUAGCUGCAGAAGUUGGUGCAAAAGUUGCUAAUGUUGUUGGCAAUGCAUUUGAAACAACAAUUGCUGACGUUGAUCAUUCAUCAGGUACAGAAGAAGCAACAUGGACAAAUUAUUUUCUAUCAUUUGGAAUACAUUUUGCAAUGGUUAUUAUUGUUAUACUUCUUAAAUGGCAGUAUGAUCGUAAUCGAUAUCGUUAUCCAAAAGGACCACGUGAUUGGCGACAUAUCAAAGAUGCAAUAUCAUUUCAUAGAAAAAAACGUGAAAAUUUACUUGCAUUAGCAACAGACUAUCCAGAUUCAUGUACAGUUAUGACACAUGUUGGUCGUUUAGUUUUACUUAAUGAUCCAACACUUAUUAAUGAAAUAUUUAUUGGACGUGCUGAUUUAGUUAGUAAUAAAGUUGAUGGAUAUUUAGAAAAUCAAUUGCGUUAUAAAGAAGGCAAACAUAUUCGAACAGGUAUUGUCUUUCGUCAUCAAGAUCAUAAUGCUCGAAUCAUUCAUAAAGCUCUUGUCAAGCAUCUUGAUAAUGAUCUUGUUGGUAAACGUUUUGAUUCUAUUAUACAAGAUCAAUUAAAACAAAUUCGUCUAUCGGAAAAUUUCGAUGUUCGACGUACAACAUUUUAUUUUAGUGUUCGUCUUUUAACAACACUUACAUGUUCAUCAGGUGCUGCAUCAACUGAAGAUAAAACAUUUGAAUUAUUCGAAAAAAAUUUAUAUAAAAUUUCGAAAGCUAUUCAUGCAGAUACAUUUGAAAAAUCUGCUAAAACAAUGUUAACACAAUUAACAGGUUUAUCUGAAACAUUAGAUAUUAAUGAAAAUGUCUUAGAUUAUAUUAAAACUUGGAUACAAUAUAGACGUGGCGAAUCAAAUCGUGUUGCAGGUCUCUCUGAAGAAGAAACAGUAACAUCAACAACAAAAAAUAAUGAUUUUCUUGAUUCAAUUUUGAAUGUCAUUGAUGAAUCGUCACCACGUUUAGAUGAAGAUGAUAUAGCUGCUUGUAUACUUGAUAUAAUUAUGCAUGGAAGUGAAAUGCUUAAAGGUGCACUUUCAUGGCUUCUACUCUAUGUUGUUAAAUAUCCAGAAGAAGCAGAUGCAUGCCGACGUGAAGCACGAGAUAAAAAUUAUGCAUCAUUUAAUCUUUCAUCAGCCGAAUCACUUGUCCACACACAAGCGUUUGUUAAAGAAGUUUUACGUGUAUCACCAAUUGUUCCAGUUGUUAUUCAUUCAACAUUAGAAGAUUUUAAAUGGCGUAAAUUUCAUAUUCAAAAACGUACACAAUUUGGUGCAAAUAUUAUUGCAUUACAUCAUUCGGUUCAUUGGAAAGAUGCAAAUAAUUUUGAUGUUAACCGUUGGCUUGGAGAUAAUUUAUCAUCAAUUCCAACUCAUUCCUAUUCACCAUUUGGUUUUGGUCCACGUGCAUGUAUAGCAGAAAAACAUUUAUUUAAUUUAUUAACUGGUAUUCUUGCUGUAUUUUUAUAUCAUAAUGAUUUUGAAAAAACUGGCCCAUUACCUGAAGCAACUUCAGGUACAUUUGGUUUGGCUAAUAUGCCACCAAAAUAUACACUUAAAGCUACACCAUUUACUACACGUUCAUAG